CUAACUUCACUGUGACACAGCGACCUCUCACGCAACUACCUUCACGGCACUAUCCCUCCAGAAUGGGGUUCAUUGCCCCUGGUGAACAUCACCCUCGGGGUAAACCGAUUGAUGGGCUCGAUCCCCAAAGAGAUUGGAAACAUCAGCACUCUUGCAAGCCUAACGUUGACGUCCAAUCAGCUUUCGGGAGUUCUACCGCCAGAGCUCGGGAAUCUUUGCCGCCUACGAUACUUGUACUUGAGCUCAAACUAUUUUACUGGGGAGCUGCCUGGAACAUUUGCAAAGUUGACCGCAUUGAAAGACGUUCGGAUAUCAGAUAACAACUUCACCGGAAGCAUACCCAAUUUUAUUCAGAACUGGAAAAACAUUAGAAGAUUAGUGAUUCUAGGAACUGGUCUAAAAGGGCCAAUUCCAUCUGGCGUUUCUCUUCUAGAAAACAUAAGUGACUUGAGGAUCAGUGACCUAAAUGGAAAAGAAGAAUAUUUUCCUCCAUUGAGUAAUGCCAAAUCUUUGAGAGUCUUAGUACUGAGAAGUUGCAAUAUCGUUGGACCAUUACCUGAUUAUAUUGGUGAUUUUGGAGAACUGAGUACCCUAGACCUUAGCUUUAACAAACUAAGUGGAGAAAUCCCAGACAGCUAUUUCGAGCUAAUGGAAUUGAAUAACCUGUUUUUAACAGGAAACUUGAUAACUGGAACAGUGCCUGAUUGGAUGCCACGAGAGGGAUUUAACAUUGAUCUUUCCUACAACAAUUUCACAUUUAACAACCUCGGGGCAGUAGGCUGUCAGCAAAAUAGCCUGAACUUGUUCAAAAGCUCUUUAGAGGGCAAACACUCUGGAAUUGUUUCAUGCUUGGGAAACUUUCAUUGCCCACAAAAUUGGCAUUAUUUCCAUAUAAAUUGUGGUGGCAAGGAGGUGACUGAUGAAGAUGUCAAUAUCACAUAUGAAGAUGAUACAGAUGGAACUGGGCCUUCAAAUUUCUUCAUAAGUAGAACAAACUGGGCAUUUAGCAGUACUGGUAACUUUAUGGAUGACCUGCGCAGUUCAGACUCCUAUAUCGCAACUAAUAUAUCCGGACUCUCAAUGAAAAAUUUUAAAUUGUACAUGACUGCACGAGUUUCUCCUUUAUCUCUGGCUUAUUAUGGUUUCUGUCUUCUAAACGGAAACUACACAGUUAGUCUCUACUUUGCAGAGAUAAUGUUUACUGAUGACAGAACAUAUGCCAGCUUAGGAAGACGCAUAUUUGAUGUUUACAUUCAGGGAAAUCUUGUGCUGAAGGAUUUCAAUAUUGAGGAUGAAGCAGGUGGCGUAGGCAAGGAAAUAAUCAAAAACUUCACUGCAGUUGUGACUGAUAAUAAUUUGGAGAUUCGUUUUUAUUGGGCUGGGAAAGGGACAACUGCUAUCCCUACCAGAGGAGUCUAUGGUCCUCUAAUUUCUGCUAUUUCUGUGGAUUCUGAUUUUAUGCCUCCAUAUGAUGGAGGUGGAAAUGUUGGCUUGGUGGUUGGAGUUGUUGCAGCAGGAGCAUUUCUCAUCUUUGUUCUGGCUGUUGUGUUGUGGAAAAGAUGCCCAGGAAUAAAAAAUAUGAUGUACCGAGAUUUAAAAGGUCUAGACCUACAAACCGGUUCAUUUACCCUGAGGCAAAUUAAAAUUGCAACAAAAAACUUUGCUGAUUCUAACAAAAUUGGAGAAGGAGGUUUUGGUUCUGUUUACAAGGGCCUUUUAUCAGAUGGCACUGUAAUUGCAGUGAAGCAGCUUUCUUCCAAGUCAAAGCAAGGAAUUCGUGAAUUUGUGAAUGAGAUAGGGAUGAUUUCUGCGCUACAACAUCCUCAUCUAGUGAAGUUAUAUGGCUGUUGUAUUGAAGAAAAUCAAUUGCUGCUGGUAUAUGAGUACAUGGAAAAUAAUAGCCUUGCUCGUGCUUUGUUUGGAUUUGAAGGCCCAACCAAGUGCCAGUUGAAAUUGGACUGGACUACGAGGCAGAAGAUCUGUGUUGGUUUAGCAAGAGGUUUGGCAUACCUCCAUGAAGAAUCACGGCUGAAAAUUGUUCACAGAGAUAUUAAGGCCACUAAUGUGCUUCUUGAUAAACAUUUGAACCCCAAGAUAUCUGACUUUGGCUUGGCGAAGCUUGAUGAAGGAGGUCAUACUCACAUGAGUACCCAAAUUGCUGGAACUUAUGGAUACAUGGCUCCUGAAUAUGCAAUGCGUGGUCAUUUAACUGACAAAGCAGAUGUGUAUAGUUUUGGAAUUGUAGCCUUGGAAAUUGUCAGCGGGAGAAGGAACACUAGUUACAGGGCCAAUGAGAAUUGCUUUCAUCUACUUGACUGGGCACUUCUGUUAAAACAGAAGGGUGAUUUAAUGGAGGUGGUGGAUCCAACACUCGGCUCAGAUUUCAACAAAGAAGAAGUUAUGACAAUGAUCAAUGUGGCUCUCCUAUGCACUAAUGCGUCUGCAGCUGCUAGGCCUACCAUGUCAUCUGUGGUGAGCAUGCUUGAAGGCAGAGCUGUUGUUCAAGUUUCGGUUUCAAAAUCAGGUGUUUUAACUGAUGAGAUGAAGCUUCAGGCCAUGAAGGACUAUUAUCAAUUUGGUCAUGAACACAAAAUCAAUGAAAUCCAGACACAGGGUUUGUCAACUAAUGGCAAGUUGCAAUAGUUUUUCACUGGAUGUGGAAUCUGCUGGAUCUACAGUUUUCAGGACUCGGUGCUCUUUAAGUAUACAAAAACGAAGAAAAGUAUGAGAUGUUAACAAUUAUCAAUAACCAUGGACAGCUAUGGAAAGAGUUGAUGUUUGUCAAUCUGUGUAGAUAAAUUGUAUAAAUAUGACUUUUUUUUAAAAGAAACUAUGACAAAAACCGUCUCUUUCUUUGUAUAGAUAUAUUUU